CACUGGGUAUUUUGCUUCACACACUUGUAUGAGGAAGAGUUUUUCUCUUCCAACCUCCAGCAACGGCAGUAAAAAAAUCAUCUUUGAGGUGAAACCAUGCACAGCCCAAGUGAAUUAAACAUUGUACUACUGGGAAGAAGUGGGGAUGGCAAGAGCAGCACUAAAAACACCAUCCUAGGGGAGAAAUCAGCCCAAGUGUGGUCAUCUGCAACUUCUUUAGUGAACCAAGUUAAAGCUCAGAACUUACAGGGAAAAACACUAAGAAUUGUUGAAACACCUGGACUGUUUGACACCAGCAGAACUAAAGAAGAGUUUCAGCAGGAGGUAGAGAAGUGCAUCACGCACUGUGUCCCAGGACUCCACGCCUUCAUCAUUAUUCUCAAAGUUGGCAGAUACACAGCACAAGAAGCAAGAAUUCUGGACGAGAUUAAAGAACUGUUUGGGGAGGAUGUCCUGAAAUAUGCUGUAGUUCUUUUUACAAAUGGAGAUCAACUUGAAGAUGGACAAACCAUUGAAGAGUUUGUACAGCAGGGUGUGGCACUGCAAGAGCUUGUAGAUAAGUGUAGAGGUCGAGUUCAUGUCAUUGAUAAUAAAUACUGGAAGCAGCAGCAGGAUGGAUACAGGAGCAACAGAGUUCAGGUAGAGAAGCUACUCAAGACCUUAGAGGAGAUGGUGAAGGAGAGCAGAGGACAGUACUACAGUAAAGAGAUGCUGCAGGCUGUGAAGAAAAUGAGAAGAUCUCUAAAACUAAUUAGAUUAUUUGAAAAUGUCACACACGUGGUGAAGAAAUAUACUCAAGGAAAAGGUUGGGCAGCUGUAAUGUUGGCCUCUGUACUGUUAGUGGGUGUUUAUUUUCGUCACACAUUCUGCCUACCUGCUACGCUGGACCCACACCAGUUCGCAUAUCGGAGCAAUAGAUCCACUGAGGACGCCAUCUCCACAGCACUACACACUGCACUGACCCACCUGGACUGUCAGAACUCAUAUGUGAGAAUGCUCUUCAUUGAUUUCAGUUCAGCAUUUAACACAGUGAUCCCGUCCAUGCUGAUAUCCAAGCUCAACCAUCUGGGCAUCAGCACAUCACUUUGCAACUGGAUUUUGGACUUCCUGACUAACAGACCCCAGAUCCUGGUGAACUUUUACCGCUGUACCAUUGAGAGCAUACUCACCAACUGCAUCUCCGUAUGGUACGGCAGUUGCUGUGCUGCUGACCGCAAAGCACUCCAGCGGGUAGUAAAAACGGCGCAGUGCAUCACAGGCACCGAUUUACCCACCAUCGAGGACAUAUACUACAAACGCUGCAUGGGCAGGGCAAGAAACAUCAUCAAAGAUGUUACCCACCCAAAUCAUAGACUUUUCAGCCUCUUACCAUCUGGCAGGCGUUACAGGAGCCUCCGCUCCCGCACCAGCAGGCUUAGGAAAAGCUUUUUUCCUGAGGCGGUUAUCCUGAUGAACGCUACACAGUCACUUUAA